UCAGGACACGGGUAGUCUGUGCGCACACCACGGGCAGUUCAUGGCUUCUAGGGACACUCACGGUAGGCGACUUGCAGAUGCUCAGCAGCAGGUGGCUUCCAGGGAGCCGGCUCCUCCAGGGGCCCAGCGAUCAGAAGGCAGGAGCCCUCAUGGCAUCCGGCUCCUCCCAGGGGCCCAGCGAUUAGAAGGCAGGGGCCCUCACAGUGGCCGGCUUCUCCAGGGGCCCAGCGACCAGCAGGCAGGGGCCCUCACAGCGGCCAGCUUCUCCAGGGGCCCAGCGACCAGCAGGCAGGGGCCCUCACAGCGGCCAGCUUCUCCAGGGGCCCAGCGGCCAGCUUCUCCAGGGCCCAGUGACCAGCAGGCAGGGGCCCUCACAGCGGCC